GUCAACCAGAAAGGACGAAGAAACGUCAGAAUAAAUAACAAAUCAUACGCCAUACACAUGGAAAUUAUCGUAAAAAAAUACAACAAUAAUGAACGCAAAAAUCUUAGGAAUGAUAGCAAUCCUUAUGUACAACGUGCGUAUUUGUCAAAGCAAGAAUUAUAGUAACUUCACGCUGUAUUCUACAACGCCUACAGAGGCAGAUCACUUGAAGUUUCUUCAAAACUUGGAUAAACAGAAAUACAUAGACAUGGUGUUUUGGAAGAAGCCUUACAAAUUGUAUGAAGAUGUCCAGUUUAUAGUUAGUCCUGCUGAUAAAGACAUGUUUCUUGAAAGAGCUAAUCAUUUCAAAUUGAAAACCGAGGUUAUGUUGCCUGAUGUUGAAAGAGCAUUCAAAGAUCAAGAAGUCAGAAAAUACUUGCGGCUAAAAACAGAAACUUUUACUUGGGACUACUACCAUACUUUAGAAGACAUCUACCAAUGGCUUGCUGACAUAGCUGUGAAAUAUCCACACAUUGUUGAGUUACAAUCAAUAGGAAAAUCCGCAGAAGGACGAGAAAUUUACGCUAUGUGUAUCAGAAAACGUGGUAACAAAUACAAGGUGAUUGUCGAAAGUGGAAUUCAUGGAAACGAGUGGAUUGCAGUGGAGUUUGUUACGUAUUUACUGGAUCAAUUGGUAGUCCAGAAUGACACGAAACAUUGGAGGAUGCACGAAUUGGGAAAGAAGUAUGAUUGGUAUAUCAUACCGAUUAUUAAUCCUGAUGGUUAUGUGUACAGUCAGACAGUGGAUCGAUUAUGGAGAAGAAACAGAAGAGUGACAAACACUGGUAUCGGUGUUGAUCUGAAUAGGAAUUUUGACUACAAUUUUGGAAAAUACGGCACAAGUCACGAUCCGAAAGACGACUACUUCUGUGGUUCUCAUCCAUUUUCUGAACCUGAGACAAGAGUUUUGGCAGACUUCAUCACGGAUAAGAAACACAAUCUGCGAUUUUAUUUUUCCUUUCAUGCUUAUGGUCAAAAAGUUAUCAUACCUUUCGCUGACAGAAUAAAACAUAUAGAGAAUUAUGGUGAGAUGGAGAAUUUUGGUAAACAGGCCAUAUUGAAAAUUUAUAAAAUGUUUGGCACGAAAUAUAGUGUAGGAACUACUUAUGAUACUUUAGGUCUUCGUAUUUCUGGCAACAGUGCUAGUUGGGUGAAGAAAACUCAUGGUGUCAGAUAUGUCUUCACCUUUCUUCUUCGUGACAACGGGACCUACGGUUACGCGCUCCCACCAGCCCAGAUCCUUCCCACAUGUGAGGAAUCGAUCGCUGGUCUCACAGAGCUCAUGAUUGCAAAACCGAGGCGGGUUCGGCUGAACCUCUUCAAUGGAGCGCAAACAUUCAAGAGAGGGACUGUUCUGAGUUUAUUUUGUACUGUUAAUUUUAUAUUAUUAUUACUUUUAAAAUCAACGAAAAUGCAUCCGAAUAUCGGAUUUUGUAUAUUGUUUACGUUUUAUAUAAAUUAUUGUGAUUGUAGAAAGUAUUAUAAUUAUACAUUGUAUAGAGGUAUUCCAGUCGAAGAUGCCCAUUUGAAAUUUUUCAUGAAUUUGACGAAAAUGUACGAUGUCAAUUUCUGGAGGGAACCUGGAUUAUUGUAUAAGCCUGUGGACUUUGUGGUCAGUCCUGAGGUCAAGCCAGUCUUUUUGAAGGAAGCUAACAAUCUUGGAUUGUAUUUGACCACUAUGAUUGUAGAUGUUCAGAAAGCCUUUGACAUGCAGACAGUAAAAACUUACAUCAGAAGAAAGAUGGACUCCUUCGAUUGGUACAGUUAUUAUCGGACUGAAGAUAUAUACCAGUGGCUUAGAGAUCUGGCCAAGGCUCAUCCUUCAGAAAUGGAACUUCAUAGCAUCGGGAGAACCUAUGAGAACAGAGAUAUAAUGUCUGUUAGGAUCCAGUUAAAAGGAUCUAAGAAUAGAUCUAGAGUCAUCGUCGAAGGUGGCAUCCACGCCAGAGAGUGGAUAGCUCCGGCUUUCGUCACAUAUUUUAUCCAUCAGAUUAUAAAAGCUCCUAGUUCAAAUAAUAUGGUACUCAAGGAAAUAGCAUUGACGUACGAGUGGUUCUUUGUACCAAUUCUGAACCCUGAUGGAUAUGAGUAUAGUCAUGGGGAGGAUCGAAUGUGGAGAAAAAACCGCCAUGACGGGAGAUUCGGAGUUGAUUUGAAUCGCAACUUCGACCAUGCUUUUGGGACUGUGGGUGUUAAAUUCAACAAGCAGUCGGAAAUAUACUGUGGGCCAUAUGCAUUUUCUGAAAGGGAAUCCAACUCGAUGGCUAAUUUCAUUAUGUCAAAGAGAGAGGCCCUUGAAUAUUACUUUGCAUUUCACUCAUAUGGGCAGUAUAUGAUUAUACCUUAUGCCAAUAAUAAGUAUCACGAGGAUAAUUUUGAUGAAGUGAGAAAUAUGUGCAACGAUGCCAAAACGAAGAUCGCUCAAAGGUUUAACACUCAAUACACUGUUGGAACUGCCUACGACACUGUUGGCUAUGUGACAUCAGGCGUAAGCGGUUGUUGGGUCAAAAGGAGAUUGAGGGUGCCCUAUGUGGUCACGUUUGAAUUAAGGGACAGUGGCUUUCAUGGCUUUGCUUUGCCUCCCAAUAAAAUCCUUCCGACUUGUCAAGAAACUAUGGAUGGUGUUUUAUCUCUUCUGAGUCCCAGAAGGGACAAAUUCACAGAGCUACGAAUUACGGACUCAGCUAGACCAGCGUUUGUUAUGGACAAGAUUGUAAUAUUUUUUAAUACGUUUUUGUUUAUUAUAGUUUGGUUUGAUUGA